AUGUCAUCUCCUGCCAUCCUAUCUACCGCCCUCAGUAUUCUGCCACCACGACCCCCAACUCCCCCGAGAGAAACACACCAUGAGCCUUCCGUCCCAUUCAACCAUACUCUUGGCUCCCUCCAGUCCGUCCACACUCCACCGGGACAUCAGUCCCCAAGCUCCUCUACCACAACGAACUCGACCUCGCGCCGCCGCAAGAAGGUUGGGUUCUCCGCCCAAACCGAAUAUAAGGAGGCUCCCGUCUACGGGGAAGGGGGUGCAGUGAAGCAACAUCCUACGCCGGUUUCCCUCCCUCGAAGUGCGUCCAAGCCCAUCAAAUCGAUUCUUAAAAUCACAAACCACGCCCCAAACCUUCUCGACCCAUCCAGCAGCAACCCCUGCGAUCCAUCCAACCCGAAAGUCAACCUUGCCGCCAUGCUCGAAUCCACAAUCCAGCAACUGGCCGGAGGCGACCGCGAGUCGAAGGUGGAUUCAUACGAGAUGUUGACCCGGGCCCUCAAGACAUCGAAUAACCUACCAGACCGCGUGGCGUUGCAAGAGAAAAUGGGGCUUUUCAUGCAGUUUAUUCAGAGAGAUAUUGUCUCUAGGACCUCGGAAUCUGCUCUGGACUCGAUACUUGUGAACCACGCCCUCAAUAUGCUCAUCACAUUUCUUCACUUUCCCGCGAUAGCCUCGUCCAUAAGCAAUGAUUUUGCCAUUUUCAUUGUCGACCACUGCAUUCGGUCCUUCGAGGAUCCUGACACUCCCAAGGAUAUCGCCCGCCGUCUUAUGCAGGUUUUGUCCGUGCAAAACUUCCCAGCAAAAGUCAUCACGGCGGAAAGAGUUGGGAGAAUAGUGGCAUCAUUGCGCCGGAUCGAGGAAUAUCUUACAGGCAAGAGCAUCGUCCUGUCCCGCAUCUUCAUUUACCGGAAGCUGGUCAAGCAAUCGAGGCAAUACAUGAUAGUUCAUUCAGACUGGCUGAUGGAUCUAUUUACCGAUAUGCUCAGUAAUCUGAAGGAAAUUCGAUCAUCGGCUAUCUCUUUUGGUCUCGAACUGGCCUUUACUAUCGGACACGACAAGGCGUUAUCGAGAAAAGUUGUUGAGAUUUUCAAUACCAGUUCUGGGGACCAAAAGUAUAUCCAGUACUACUAUGAGAGGCUCCAGGCUAUGAUCAAGGAGAAACAAGACUCUGUAGUGGUUCCAGAUAUCUGGAGUGCGGUCCUACUACUGCUUCGCAUUCCUCUAGAAAAGUGGGAGCAUUCGCGCUCCUGGCUUCUUCUCAUUCAGGGCUGUUUCAACAGCACCGACUUUGCCACCAAGAUCGCCGCCAACCGUGGCUGGAACCGUCUUGUUUACUUUGUACAAACCGACGAUCGGUCGUUUAACAAGAACAUCUCGACGCUGGUCACGCCCCUGACAGGGCAGUUGGGGAGAAAAGGUCCUGGAAAGAUGACCGAGGAGCUGCGGCAGGCAGUGUUUGGGUCCAUCUGCAAUCUCCUGUACUACACGUUCAAACCGAACACCAACACAACACUUCUGGAUCGAUACUGGGAUUGUAGUGUCAAGCCUAUCGUUGAGAAGCUUCUCGACCCGGCCUCCGAAGCUGCCGCCGACAACCUUCAGCAAGCCACUGCCAUCCUCGCUGGACUGUUUGACAGCACGACGCCGCGGAGAUGGAAGGAAGACCGCAUUCAGGACAAUACACAUCUGAAGCCGAGCGAACUUCCGCCUCUUGAUUCGAAAUGGGUCCGACACAGUGUUGGGAGGGUCUUUCCUCUGGUAGGAAACAUUCUUGAGCGAAACUUCAUUGCUCUCGCCCAAACGAACACCACGACAUACAAGCUUUGGGAGACUUUGGUGGUUACUGUUGCUUCUGCCGCGGCUAAGGAGAUCAAGGUAUCAAAGGAUACCACCAGCUUUGUUACAGAAUCUUUUAAUAUUUUGCAAACCGUGUGGAAGCAGGGGGUUCCCGAGGGGAAGGGACCAGAGUUCCUUCUCGCUGCACAAUCGUACUUGAAGCUUAUGUUCAACUCUCUGGGGUCAUUGCCGUUUACCGAGAAGCCCAGCAAAGCUCAAGGGGCCUUGAAGGCCCCUCUCUACACGCUCUUCUCUAGCUUGUCAACACUCCCACCUGGUGUAUUGGACGAUCAGGAUUAUGCGGAUUUCCUUGGUCAAAUUUUUGCCCCUUUCUUCGCCUCAAAGGCCGACAAGGCAAAGAUGGACCUGGCACAAGAUCUCCUUGCAACCAUUCCCCAAGAGACACCUCGCCCUUGGGGAACGUGGCUGCUUGUUGCUGAGCAGAUCACUCCUUGGCUCGAUCCACAACACCACAGUCACCACUCAACAGGAUCUGGGACUGAUACUCCGGUUGGCAAUGAAUAUCGUGACAUUGUCAAGGUACUCGAACGCGGCAUCAGGUCGACUCCGAGCCUCCCCUGGAAGCCUUGGGAGUCUUUGUUCUAUGCGCUAUUCGAAAGAGUACGGGAAGAGACUGGAGAUGCAGGAGCAGCGAUAGUUAUCAUUGAGCCCCUAUCCAAGGCUUUGAUGGACCAGAUCACUCUCGGGGGAACUGGAGGCGCGUUGCUCCCGAAUACUCUGAGAUGCGUGGCUGAACUCAUCUCCGUUGCAACACAGCCACGGGACCGGCAAGCUGUGGAUGCAGCCCGGCGGCGUCUUUGGGGUACUGCUCUUGCUGGAUCUCGUUCUUCCUCUUUUGACACGUUUGACAACCUCUACAAGGCUGCCAACGAAGCUUUGGUAAACAGGUAUACCACAUUUGACACCACCGAUACCGAUCCGACUAUCCAUCUUCUCAAGGAAGUUGGUAGCUUCUUUGACAGGUGCAAUCGCCAGUUGUUCCUGAGAACAUUGGCCACCCUCCAGGAUGGUAUCAUCCCCUGGCUUCAGGACAGCAAUCGACAGCUUAGCAGUCAGACUGCUUCUGUCUCUGCUGCAACCAAAACCCUCUGGGAUAAAUUAGCCUCGUUGAUCACUGAGAUCGAGCAGCCAGCUCAGCAACUCGACUUUCUUGAGCGGUUCUUCUGCGCGUCUUUUGCUUCUAGUCAUCGGUCCAUAGUCAACUCUGCCGUUUCUUUGUGGAAUAGGCUGUUUGAGAAGGUUGGGCAUCUGGAGUAUCCAGAGGACCUCAAAGCAUCACUCAUCCAGAUGCAACUUCAUACCGACAUUGUUUUGCCAGGUCUCGAAACUGUCAGCUCCCAGUUUGCAGGCCAGCAGCAAAUGCUGUUUACUGAGUCGUCCGAGGACUUCAGCCUGCCGAGGAUGUCCACUCGAUCUAGCAGCCGACGCGGAACUCCGCGGGCAACCUCGUCACCAGCGAGAUCACCAGCGUCUACUCGGCUUACCCCGUUGACCAAGCGCCGUGUCGACACAUCACCUGUCAGAAAGCUGGCUGCUGCCAAUCGUCGGAAAGCAGCGCCAAAGCUUAGACACGAUGAUUCACAGAUCCAAUUUGCAGCCAUUGGCCCUGCCGCUACGGAGAUGAAUGCACUUGAGUCACAGGCAUUGACUGAAAGACAGAAGGAAGUGCGCGAACGACAGAAAGAGAACGCUGCUCUUUUCCCUGAGAUCAGGUCGAGCCCAGGCAGGUCAAGGAGACAUGCCAAAACAACCGAGGAAGGGACAUCUCGGGCUCCAGAGAAGAUCACAACACCCCAAGCGGCCACCCCUCAGCCAGAUGCUCGGUUUGAUGAGUAUGUCUCGUCAACGCCGACCCCACGCCGAGGGCAGCCGUUGAUGAUUCCGGGACACGACAUGACUGAUCCGCCUUCAUCACCUCCAGAACCGAGACGCAAUCCGCUAGCUGCUGAGAUAAGGUCAAGGUCUGCUAGUCACAGCUUGCUUGAGGAGUGGCAGUUCUCUUCCUCGCCAAUCUCAGGGUCACCUCUUCCUUCCCGCCAUGCUGUCCCCGAUCCAUCGGGUCAAAGUGGUUUUGUCACCGUGGUAUCACUUCCCGCCCUUUCUCCUCAAAAGUCCGUCGCUGGAGAAGAAAAGGAGGAGGCACGGCUGCCAGGGGAGGAUGGUGAUCACAUGGACGUUGACUCUACCAAUGGGUCCCAGCUUCCGGGACCGACUGAGCAGGAACGACACUCAACACCGCCCCAGGCCGUGCAAGGUCCUGCUCGUCAAAAUCCCGAGCCUAAAUCAGAUGAGGUUUUUGUGGACGCACGCCCAGGUCCUCUUCCGACGACGAGCCUUAGCCGAGCAAGGCGGUCCGCAGGGCCAGCUCAGUCGACUGCCCCGGCAACGUGCCAACGCAGCAAUGCAGAUAACACCUCGUUCGAAGUCAGCGAGCUCGACGAGAGAAGUCUGCUCCGAUUGGUGGUUGAAUUGGACAAUGCGCGAGUGGACAGGCAAGAGUAUCACCAAUCAUCUGCCUCUCCCGACUACACGGGGCCUAAGGCGGCUCCUCGGGAGUGCAUUGUGGUUGGUGAUAGCCCUAAGAAAAUCGGCAAAUCUAUCCCUAUAAUACCACCAGUCACCAGAAGACUCACCAGGUCAAGCUCGGCAGCAUCACCAGAGCUGGAAACGAUUCCUAGCUCGCAGCCAACGGGACCACAAAGAGGCCGGCCGCGCAAGAGAAAGAGAGGAUCUACCAGAGCGCAGGAUCCUAGCAAGAGAACGCGUCUCGAGUUCACCGAGACGCCGCCGCCGGUGGAGGAGCAUGAGGUCCCAGACAGCCAACCCCGGCAAACACAGGCACCUCAGCAAGUUGCUGCUCCUGCGGGGGUGAAGGCCGAGGAAAACCCGCAUGAGCAGUCCCUGUCGGAGAUUCCCAGCUCCUCCCUGGAAUUGUCAAGUCCUCCGGUGUCUCCUCUUGUAGAAAACACGACAGCCCUCGGCUCACCCGAACUCGACAGCGGAGCAGCCAUGGACAUGGAACACCAGCACCUGCAUCAUGACCCCCCCACCAGCGACGACGACGAGGUUCAAUCCCAGAUUGCGCUCGAGUCCUUUAGCGCUAGUCAACGUCUUGAUGACGACGAUGAAGAAGAGGAGGAGGAGGAACCCACCAAUUCUGUCACCCACCCACCAGCAGCAGAAGAAAUGCAACUUGAUGAACAACAACAACGAGAAAAAGAAACCAGCCCGGCCUCCACUGUGGAGGCGAGCGCGGAAGAAAGGGAACGACAUUUGAAAGACAACAAGGAAGAAGAAGAAGACCGGGCAAAGGCCAUCAUGAGGAUGUUUCGAGGGGGGUUAGACACGCUGAGGUCGGCGAAGCUGUCGAUGGAGGAGGUGUAUGAGAUUGAGGAUAUGUUUAGGGAUAUGAGGAGGGAGUUGAUUGAGGCGGAGAAGAGGGCUAGAAGUAACUGA